GUUCGUUGAAAACAGACCCGACGUUGUUGACAUGACACUGGCAGACAACCACUCACUAAACUGACAAGCCUCGGUCGUUGAUGACGCUUUUUUACCUGGUUUCUACACAGGGAUACGCAAUACACUGAACAUGGAGUUAUCUCCCCUUAUAAAGAAAAUAGGGCACUCUUUGGUGGAGAUAAGAGUUCGAGCUUUGAAGAGCAUCAUAUGCAAGCUGGACCAUUCCUUGAUUUCCGUCUCUGACAUUGUCCAAGAAAAGAUGCUGUUUGUGUAUCUUCUUGAAUGGUUCAAUUUCCCCGAGGUGCCAAUGCAGGAAGAGGUCCUUGAGUUGCUCUCAACUUUAUCAAAGCAUUGUAGUGCAGCCCAGAUGCUAAGAGACGUUGGGGCGGUGGACUUCCUCACCCAACUGUCUCCUAAUGUGGAACCCAGACUGCGAGCUGUCAUCGAUGGAACCCUGGACCAGCUGUUCCAGCUACCUGAGCUAUUCCCUAGUCAUACAAUGGUCUACUCGCAUGGACAGCGUACUACAACUCCAACAGCACCUACAGUUGUUCCACCUGAAGAGCAUUUUCCUAAAAUGGGCUAUUUCCACAAGAACAUGCCAAGCCAUAGAGAUGUACCACCUCAGAAGAUAGCAGUGCAUGAGUCUGUGAGAUGUCUGAAGUUUUCUGUGUUUCCAUGGCUGACUUUGACAAACACAGACAGACACAUACUUUCAUCCAAUGAAAGUUCUCUAAGGAGCAGCAACCCCAACUUUGUGCGGACCACAUGUGAACUUCUGUGUGAUGUCAUUAUGCAAGACUUUCCUGCUGAGAUCUUCCUUCAAAGGCCCAGUAUCGUAAAGAACCUUCUGUCCCUGUUGAGGCUGGGUUCAGGUAAAGGUGAAGCAAGCUACCUCCACUUGCAGGCUCUUUCCUGCCUGCAGCAGCUUUGUGUGGGGCUAAGGAGGAGACUACGCUUUCAUCAAGAUCCAAGCUUCUAUUCUACAAAGCAAGAUCCAGUGUCCCAGAACUCAUCCUUUUCGUACUCCCAGGAGGUGCGGACCCAGCGUUCCCAGGCCUCAUCUCCGGGUGAAGAGUGCUCUCCUCGGCCCUCUGUGGUGGGACGCACAGGCCAGAGAGCCAGGGGAGAUGGCCAAGACGGAGAUGCAGCUUCCAACAGUGGUAGCUCACACAGAGGUGGAGCAGCAGUCCAGGUCCCCAGGCAAACACCCCAGUCACCUGCAGAUGUGGCCCAUUUGGCACUUCCUGACCUGGGUGUAGAGGAUGUCCUGGAGCUGCAGUUACAGCAGCUCACUUUGGCUCAGUUCACUGUUGCAACUAUGGAACAUGCCAUACCACUGCUUAAGACAGAGGGUUCGCAUGUGUUUCAUCGUGUUCUGGAGCUGCUGUGCGACGCCGUCCUCCUGCUUGGGGACAGUGUUUGUGAGCUGGUCUGGGACGAUCGCAGCCUGGUGGGGAUGGAGCUGAAGGAGAAGCUGCAAGCCUGCAUGGAACUACUGGGGGAUAUCCUGAGCUACCAUCAGACCUAUUCAGCAGACAUUCCCCACAGCUCUCAGGUUCAUCACAGAAUGGCUUACACAGGCACUGCUAUGUUCACCAUGAAACUCCUACAGACCAUCCUCCCUCCUGAGAAGGCUAGUGACAAUCUCCCAGAAAACGCAGCAACAGCUAUUUUCCACCUAUGCUUGGACACGUCAUUGGGAAGUUUAUUACCCAGCAUGCAAGAAACAGCAGUGGCCUACUUGGAGCAGGUGAACUCAGACAGCCAUGACCUCUACAGGAGGGUGGCCCGGGCUGCCCUUUGGAUGGAAUCUACUUGCAACUUCCUCAAGGAAGCACAAGCUGAGGGAGAAAAGAACUGGUUGGAGUUACUGGAGCUGGCAGACAAAACCAUAUGCGGCCUUCCGUUUCACCAGCACCUCCCCAUCAUCCGGGAAUGUGUUCACAUCUGCUCCUACCUGUGGAAGUUUGAUCAGCCCAGUCCCCUCCUCCAAACAGAGAGCCAGAAACUUCUCCUCAAACUGCUGUCCCAUCCCUUACAACCUGUCAAGACGGAAACAUAUGAAUGCACUUUAAACCUGGUCAAGGACUGCCUUGGCAUCCAGAAUGUGUCACGACAGGAACCAGGAGCCUGCGGUGGAGUCAACUUCCUUCUCCACCACAGGAUGCUCUAUGAAAUAAGCGCUUUUGGACUCCAGGAUUCUGCAGAGAAGGUGAAUGUUGCUGCCAAGGAUAUUCUGCUAUUCCUGCUCAAGGGACGAUUGAUGAUGACAGCAUCAACCUGGGACAGAUUCAAUGAGGCACUUUACCCGGUCAUGCCCAUAUUACAGGGUUAUGCCAGCACUGAAGAGUCACUGGGAAACUGUGUCCUGCUGAUAAGUGACAUGUCGGACGUGGCAAGAGACAACGUGUUUCCAAGCAUAGCCAAGCUAAAAGCAGCACUCCGACUCCUUUUCACCAAACAACCCACUGUGAAAAUAGCAGCAGUGCAACAAAUCCUGUCCCACCUAACAAACGAUGAUGAUGCUAACACAGCCAGACCACACCUGGAUCAACCAGUGAUCUCCUCACUCCCCAAUCUCUACUGCCUCAGAAACCCUUUAGACAUCACGCUGGACACCAGCAACAAGUCCAUCCUUAAGGUGGAGCCGGUGGAGAAGCUGUUUUGUAUCCUGUCCUCAGACACUAUUGACAUCUCCCUGAGAAGAUCGGCAGCAGAGCAGCUUUCUGUAGUGCUACAAAACACAACAAUGCACCCAGUGUUGAAGAAUCUUGGAAUAACAGACAAAGUCAUUUCUUUCAUUAUGGAGAGUGUAAACGGCAACAAGAGCUUAGAUUGCCUGCUGGAGCCUUGCGUAUGUAUCCUGAGGAAGCUGGUGUAUGCAGAUCCAUCUCUGAGGCACAGCCUGGCACAGCGCAACCUCCUGCUCCUCACACUGCUCAGGGCAUCCUUGAUAUUGAUGGAGAACAAAGGCAAUGGAAGUGAGAUUGCUGUCCUGAUGAGUUUAUUGCUUUUUGAUGAGAUUGCCAGCGUUGAAAUAUGGUCAGACAAAUCCAACACAGAUGUGACCCUCACACCAUUCUCCCUGCCACUGUCAGUAAUACGCAGGUACAACAUCCCAUUCCAGGCAGCGACUCAUCACGCUGUCAGCCCGUACUGCUGUGUCCUGCCCCCUUCCUCUGACCUCCUGACCCUGGCACCUGCCCGCCAAGCCCUGCAGGUGGCAUGGAACACAGCAUGGCAUUCUGGGAUAGACAACCUCCUUGAAGAGCUGCAUGGCAUCUCUACCGAUGUUACUGAAUUUCAUCCUGACUUAAAGCUGUCAGAAGCACAGGUUUUGUCGCUGCAGGCAGUGCACCUUCCGACUGUGCUGCAGGACUGCAUCCAGGCCAUCAUCACAGCAGCAGGACACAGUUCAGUGACCUCCGCCCUUUCCAGGCUCAACCUCUACUUACUGAUUGACAGACUGGCCCUCCCUCACAUACCCACCCCCAGCUGCAGAGACACCCUUCACUCUCUCAGUUGGCAGGCAGCAGUGACCAGGUUUCUCCAGGUGCAUCCAGCCUGUGUUGAGGAUGAGAAGUUGCUGGUGGGCAUUGUUGCAUUUUUGAAUGCCUACUUCAAAUACACUAAGUCUGCAUCAGACCCAGAGGACAAGGACCUGCGCUGGAUACUGGAGCUGCUUCUCAACCAGGAGACAGAGUCUCUUCUUAAUUUGCUGCUUGGUGUGGAGACCCAGACCUCAACUCAGAGCCCAGGGGAGCCGGUGGAACUGAAGAACCAUGUCAGCCAGAGACUGCAGAGAGAACUCACCAGCUUCUUUAACAUCUUACUCUUUCGACUUACACACACUGCUGACAGGCUGUGUCUGGCAUUAGCAGGCCCCUUCAAGAGCCAGCUGGCAGUCCGUUUGCUUCAGAGCCUGCGGGUGUCUGACGCCCCGCGUUUCUAUGGCCUUCCCAGCCUGGAGAGGACACUGCAGGGCAUGGUCAGCGUGACUGCCCAGCCUGGCUGGAGCUCCCACUGCCCUGACCUGGAGCCCAUCCCCCUCUGCUCCAAGUAUCUCAGUGGGCUAUUAGAGGUGAUCUCCUCAUUUUACGUAGAGUGGGGAGGCAACUCUCUGUCUUUCAUGGGGAAAGGUGUGACCAAGAAUGCUGUCAUCUGCUUGCUUCACCUGUCCCAUGAGAUGAUGGCCAAGAACAAGGACAAGGACUUCAUAUCCCUGUGGUCUUUGGGAAAUGAGGCAGCUGCUGAGGAGGCUAGUGCCUCUCAGUUUGGUUUGGCCUGGCUCAUCCCACUAUGGGUCGACCGAGAUCAAGAGGUGAGGUUUGCCAGUUUGGGUUUAGGUGCAGCUCUGUCCUCGGUGCCCAGCGGGUGCCAGGCUCUGUGUGCAAGCUGUCAGAACAUCAGCGGAGGUCUGUGGGGCACGUUGCUCAACAUCCUCCUGGAUCAGCAGGAGAGCAGCAUGGUCCGUAGAGAGGCUGCAUUUAUCCUGCAGAACUUGCUGGUGAUGCCCAUGCCAGCCAACGCAGAGGAGGCCAAGGACUCCCACUGGCAGCACCCGUGUGUCCAUGAUGAGGUGUCUGGUGUGUCUUUGGUGGGUCUUCCGGCGCUCCAGGCUCUGCUUUACCACUGUCAGUACUUCCAACACGUGGCUCUCUCUGCCUCCAAUUGUUACCGAGGCAGGUACACAUUCCACCUGCAACCUCGUGCUGACACUACCAGUGGACCAGGUCCUCAGGAGAGCAAUUCACUGGAUUCUGAGAAUUCUCUGUGGUUUUGGAGAUGCAACCCACCAGCACCCACUACCGACUCUAGCAGACCUUCCAGCUCCCUCUCCACAUCCAGCACUGUGAUAAGAGGUUCAGGGCCACACACCACUAAGGGUCCCUCUCCAUCGAACAUCACAGAACAUACCCCUGCCAGCAGACUGAUGGCUCAAGGCCAGAGUGACACAGACACCAGCGACUCAGUUAACUCCCAAGACUCCCGACAGGGCGAGCCCUCGGCCGUGGAACCCGUUGUCAUGGUAACUCCCGACCUCAUGACGGCCCACUGUGGCCUGCUGACGAACCUGCUGACCAUCCUGCCAGAUUUCACCCUCACUGCCAUCCGACACAACCAGCUCCUCCAAGCACUGGCCAGUCUGGUGGAUAUUGGGCCCAUCGAGAAAUGUCUGACUGAGCUGAAGACACCCAACGUCCUACCAGGAGAGAGAGAAGACAUCAAAGGCCAGUUUGUCACCCUACUUCAGUACCUGUCCAGCUUCUCCAAACUGCUGCAGUCAUGUGUCACGGUGAGCCAGGAGCUGAUUGGCCAGAUAGACUUCCUGAAACAGCUGUUGACUACCCUGGUGGCAGUGCUCAUGCUGGAUACCAAAGGAUUAGAUGCAGGUACCUGGGACACGGUUUGUGUGUGCUGGGCAGACGUGUUUAUGCUCCUGGCUACUCUGGUGAGGAGGGACAGCUCAGCAUCAUACCCAUCUGUCUCUGCUGCUCUGGGGAGACGCUGGCGGACAUUUGCAGGAACAUUAUCAGUAUGUGUGAAUGAGAAGCUCGCAGACCCUUUUCUUCACACAGUGGCUCUGCAGUUUCUCUGUACAAUUUUCACAGAGGAGACAAAGAGUCUGGGUGUAGAGGUCACAACCUCAAAGUCUAAACAUGCUACUGCUUUGUCUGACAUUGUGAAUAGUCCCUCAGCCAGCCAGCUGUGUGAACUGUUACUGCAGAGUUUUGAGAAGAGGACCCUUCAGGACCCUUUAAAGAAGCUGACAGCCAGAGCACUGAUGACAUUGCUAGCCUGCAGUCCCACAGCUCAAAACCAUGCAGCCAAAGCUGGUCUAAUUGACAGCUGUGUGGAGCAAAUGAAGCAAACUCACUCCCAGCUCCACCUGGAAUCAGUCCGACCCAGCAAGGCUUCUAACCGCAAAAAGGAAGAAGGCUAUUUAAAGGAAGUCAAGCUGACUGUGGAGAUCCUGCGGAGUGCUCUUUACCGCAACGAUGAAUGCAAAGUGGUGGCGACAGAUGCUCGCCUAACACUGGCACUCUAUGCUCUUUGGCCUUGGCUCCUAUUGGACGACCCCACCAUGGAGGCGGUGCUGGAGCUUCUGUGUGUCUAUACGGCCAACUGCACCACAGCAUGCAGUUCUCUUUGUGGCGGUGGCCCUGGUGUUGCACCAGGAUCUAAAGGCACCCUUAGUAACUCUCUGAUGCACUCUGUCAUGAAGCUUGCCUCAGGUGUCGCCCCAGAUAACAGCCCUAUCCAGAAGCUCGCCCUCUCUCUCUUGGCUAACCUCGCCAUGUCCCGUGACUGCAGAGGCCUCCUGCAAAAGAAUAAUUUCCUGCAAGCCUUCCUGUCAGUGCCAAUGCCCAAGGCAGGUGGUGUUAAGGCCACGUCUGCAGGUGGUGGUGGUGGUGGUGGUGGUGGGAGCCUACUGGGCCUGUGGCUGAGGCUGCUGGUCAAUCUCUCAUUCGCGGAGGACGGCCAGCAGAGUAUCCUCAGGGUGACCGGAUCCCUGGAACUGCUGGCAGACCUGGCACAGCACCGGCGCCUCGCACUGCUCACCCUUCACAACCUCUGCUUCUGUCCUGCCAACAAGCCACACGUCAUUGCCAAUGACAAAGCCAUGAAGGUAUUGCUAUGCUGUCUGGACAGUAAAGAGAUGGAAACCCGCUGUAUGGGAGCUUCUGCACUUUGGGCGUUGCUCCAUAACAAUCAGAGGGCCAAGACUACUUUGAAGUGUCCCUCUGUUCGAUUGAGAAUUGAGGAGGCAUAUACCAUCUCUAAGAAGGAUGCAGAGAACAAGCAGGAGCCUAUGAGUACCUACCUGUUGAAGUGCUUUGAAAACCUCUCCCAGCUGCUAAAUAACUGAUUGUAUGUAUAUUGUUUGUUUUGUAUGAUGUUUUAUACUUAUCAAUAUUAAUUAAUUUUGAUAUUAAAGUGGCAGAUUUUA